CGGUGCAGCACUGCGCAUGCGCAGUGGGAGGGCUUGUUGCGCUGCCGCUGGCCGGCUCAUUCUUAGUACAUGGCAGCAGCAUAAAGUCACGGGAACCCCAAUAAUUAUUAAUUCACACCGAUUUUGUAAUGUGAGAUCCACGUGGUGUGUGUGCAGUAUAUAAUGUAAUAUAAUGCAUUGGCCGCAUCUGGUGAGGAAUACUGUUAGUGCUGCUUGAUAAGAAUUCAUCAUGGAGGACACUCGGACAAAGAAAAGACACCAAAGUAGGAGCCGUGCCGUAUCUAACCACAAAGCAGCAAAAAAGACAUCAUCCUCUAGACAUAGAGACAGCAGUAGCUCUUCCCCUGAAAGGAGGCACAAGUCUCUUGCCAAAUAUCAUGCUGAUACCUCUAGGAAAGAGAAAAGAAAGAAGAGGAAGAGGAAAAGUAGCAGAUCAUCGUCAUCUUCCUCUUCAGAGAGCAAGAGAAGGAGAAAGAAGAAGGCUAGGUCAUCUUCAGAGAGCUCCAGUACAUCAUCAUCAUCAAGUUCUUCUACAGAACACUCAAGUGACCAUUUGAAACACAGGAGCCACCACAAAAAGAAAUCAAAACUCAAAAAGGGGAAGAAAAAAAAGUUGAAAAAGAAAAGCACUACAGAUCUAAAGAAAAAUAUAACAAAGGUGAAAGGCCAGGAGGUAUUUUGCAGGACAGAAGAAUCCCAUCCUGGACCCUCUUUAGAUCUGUGGAAAAAGGAACCCCUGGAAGACACCGGUCCAGUUUUGACUGAUGAACAAAAGACUCGCAUACAAGCAAUGAAACCAAUGACUAAGGAAGAGUGGGAUGCACGGCAGAGUGUUAUCCGGAAAGUAUUGGACCCAGAGACUGGAAGAAUGAGGCUCAUUAAAGGGGAUGGUGAAGUACUUGAAGAAAUCGUAAGCAAAGACCGGCACAAGGAGAUCAAUAAGGUUUGCAUAAUUCUUUUGAAGAUUUACACCGGUCUCAUUUCAGAGAUACAGCAAGCAACAGCUAGUGAUGGCUUCACUUUUCAGAUGACAUCUGGGAUGUUCUAAAGGCCGAUACCUUGUGGGUGUUACAAUUCAUUGUAUCUGCAGAGUACAUAUCUUGUCAUUGGACCACUUUGGGAUUGCGCCUGUCUAUAGAUGUAUGCCCUGUUGUAGUCUGUGCCAUCUACAGUGUCUUGGUCAUGUGUGGUUUUCACUGUGUGAUGUUUCCAUGGUUGUGUUUAAAAUAAUAAAAUUAUUGGACAUGAUGUGUGUAACAGGAACCGUUAAAUCUUUAAAUGUUGUAUAUUCAUGACAUAUUAAAUAAAGACACUUAUUUGAAAAAAUAAA